CAAUUUUCUAAUUACUCUUUGAGCUUCUUAAUUAUUUUGUGAAUUAAUUAUUUCUUUUUAUAAAUAAAUUUAAACUCUACACGUACAAACACUAGUCUAUUUACUUGUAAAAGUUGAAAUAAUUGUAUAGAAAUUAAAUUGUAUCUUUGAAACUGAUAGUGAAUACAAAGGAAAAAAGAAUCUUCUCUUCUGGACCUCAAUCAUUUUCUCCAUUUUUACUCUCUUUUUGCUUGUGAUCUGUGAUUUUUUUUUCUGCUUUUCUGUUAUCAUUUUUGCUCUUUAAAGUUAAUUUAUUUAUAGUUCACAAGGUUGAUCGUGUUUACAGAAUUGUAUCGAAUUUUAAUGAUUAUUCAUUAGCUUAGAUUGAUACCUUUAAUCGAUUUAAGUUUCCUGUCGUUUUCUCUUUUGCUUCUUUUUUUUCUUCUUUCAACAUGUAAGGCUUUUAGAUUAUGUCGUUUCUUUUCUCAUCAUGGUUAAAUCAACAUCUUCAACAGCAACAGUUAUCACAACAUCAGGAACAUCAGCGAAUAAUUCUGAUCAACAACAAAAUUUAUCAUGGCAUCGAUCACAAUUAACCGAAUCAUCUGCUCUCGAUCUUCUCUCCAAAACAAAUGUAGAACGUCUUAAAUAUCUUGACAGAUUCCCUGUUUUCGUGUUCCCUCAUUUUCUCUGCUUUUAUGCCAAUGAUACUUCAGCCUGUAGAAUAGAAAUUAAAUUAAUUAAUCCAUAUGAUUGGCGAAUUAAUUACCAGGUUUUAUCUACAGUCCAAAGAAGAUAUGAGGUUUCUCCAGCCAAAGGCACAGUUGGUGCAAACUGUACCUCUCAUGUAACAAUUCGUCUUCUGGACACUUCGCCAAGAAAUAUUGGCUUAAAGGACGUUUUAAGAAUCCAAGUUCAAUCAGAAGAAUGCACUGGAAUGGGCUCAAGGGAUUUACCUGUUCACUUCUUGGCUGAAAAAGAUGAAGUCGAGGAAUACAGGCUAAAACAACUCUAUGGUUAUACUGACACACCUGAAGAGUUUAUUAAAUCAACAUGUACUCAACUAUCCAAGGAUCAUGUUAAAACGAUUACCAACAAGCAACUUUCAACCUCUAAAAGUGAUACUCAAGGUGCAACAAUUUCUGGACAGAAUAAGCCCAAACCAGAAUCAAAAAAUUAUCCUCCAUCUUUCUAUAUUGUUGUCGCCGUUUUCUGUGGUAUCAUUUUGUGCUUACCCAAUGAGGGUGAAAGUAAACUUCCAACCUUCUUGAGCGUCUCAACAACCCCAAAAUUUGUCGCUGCCUACGUUCUAGGCAUACUGACCUCACUAAUCUGUAAAUUCUACUGAUUUCUCCAUUUGUUUUUUAUUCCAUCUCCAACAUUUAACAGUCUUCUGUUGAUUAACUCUUUUCAAUUUAUUCUCUUCUACAUUUGUAAACACAAAGUAUCUCUGUUUUCUUUAUGUUUCCCCAUUUAGAUCACUCUCUCUCUCUCUUAUUACCUUACGACCGAUUGAACCUUCAACAAAAAAUGAUUAAUAACUUCGUUAACUACAACAAACUGUGAUCAAAUGAAACUAAGGUUAAUUAUCAACAAAGAAAAAUUGAACAAACAGAGACACAAAUCAUCAAAUCAAAUGCUUUUCUCUUCCUAUUCUCUCUCUCUCUCUAACUAUACUUUUUCUCUCUUCGCUAAUCUAUCCUUUCUUUUUUUCUAUCGAUUCUAAUUUUACAUUUUUUUCGAUGAAAACUUCUAAGACUCUACCAUAAAGCACUCAUGGUAAUCGUUUCAAUUAUACAACAACAAAAAACAUUUAAAAAGAUGGAAUAAUUUAAAAACAAAACAAAAAGACCGACUGUUAAUUUUUAAUAAAUUUGUAACUUAUUUUACAAA